AUGCAACCUCUUUCACCUUGUGUGAUAACUAGUCAAUUAGGUUUUGGUGGGUGUGGAUCACCAAGAUUAAAGCCAAAGUCCAAUAAAUCUUCCUUAAGCAACUUCUCUCCAGCAACUGCUUCUCAUCCAAAAUCUUCUCGCAUUGUUCAAUCCAUUUUAUCAUCAGUUUUACAAUUAGCUUCAAAUACGAACUCGACCGUAGAAUUCACGAAACGUGAAUUCAUGAAUUCAAAAAUUGAUCAAACAAAUAAAAAAUCUUUAUUAUCCGAAAUGUUGAAGAAAAAUGUUGAUUCAAAGGAUAUUAAUCAAGCUUUACAUGGAAAACCCAUAAUGAUAAAAAAACCUUGCGAUCUUACCAUCGAAACUAAUGUAACCACUACAAAGCGUGAAUUUGGUUCCUCAACUGAUACGACUACAACGAGUAAUGAAACUAAUACUAAUUUGACAAAAAAAGUCUUAAAGUUUGGUAAUUGCCCGUUAGUAGUUCGUGAAAGAUCAACAAAUUUGAAUAAUGAUUCUUCAAAACCUGAUGUAUCUACUGCUGAACCUUCAAAAGCCGUACACAAACGAACAAAUCAUCAUCUUUCUCCAGUGCCUAUAACGUCUCCACAAGAUGAUGACGAUGAUGAUGAUUUUGAUUUUGAAUGUGAUAUGUGUGAUGGUUCGGAUAGUGAUGAUGGUUACGUUGAAGAUGAUGAGGAGGAUGAAGAGGAUGAGGAAGAUGAUAUUUCAGAAUAUGAUGAAAAUAAUGAUGAAUAUGACGAAAAUAAUGAUUUAGAAAAUGAUAUAGAAAAUGUUGAUCAUCAUUCUCAACGCACUGAAGAAAUUGUGACUCAAAGUAAUAUUACGUCGAAUGAUUCAAAUACUUUGACCGCAGCAUUACCUGAUGGAAAAGCUAUUACUACCUCCACAACUGUAUCUACAACUGUAUCUACAACUGCAACUACAAUUGUAACAACAACUACAACUGUAACUGCAACUACUAGUUCGAGUGAUUCUCCAACUUCAUGUCACUCUACUACUUCACAUUAUUCCACUGCCAUAUCAAUAUUAACUCCUACUUCAACAAACACUACUUCAAUUUGUUAUUACAAAUCAAAAUCAUUACCUCAACCAAAACGUGGUAUCCUUGUUAAUACAAAACCUGUAAAUUUAAGAACAAAAGGAAUUCCUAUACCAUUAUCUAAUACGAACUUUGUUCUUGGUAGUAGAAGUCAUCAUUAUGGUAGUAGAGAUAAAUUUCAUAAAAGAAAGCAUUGUCAUCGACAUAGUCAUCAUAAUGGUGAAAAAAAUGGUGAUAUAACGUUGUUGGAUUCAGAAUGGAAGAAAGAUGCUGAUGAUAUAUUAUUUUGGCCAAUGUCAACUUAG